AUGGCGGCGGCGUCGGCAAAUUUUCGCUGCUACGACGGCGAGUCGGAAGAAUGGGAGCUUUACAGAGAGCAAUUGGAACAAUUUUUUGUUUCCAAUAAGAUUGCGGACGACAUGAAGAAAGCAGUUCUGAUCAAUCAUCUCAGUGCGCGUACGUAUAAGCUUCUUCGUGACUUGUGUACUCCUGAUCAGCCGAAGGAAAAAAGUUAUAAAGAUCUAUGCACAGUGUUGUCAACGCACUUCACGCCUCCGGUCGUCGUGCACAAAGAGAGAAGAACUUUUUUCCGAGCUCAACGAGGGGAGGGCGCCCCCGAGUCAAUUAACGACUGGAUUGUACGGAUCAAAAAUCUCGCAGCAAACUGCAAGUUUGGAGAUGCAUUGCAGCACAACCUGGUCAAUAAGUUUAUUGAUGGACUAGGUGGUGAGGCGUUCGAUCGAGUGUGUGAGGAAAACGAAACACUUACUCUGGAGAAAGCGCAGGAGAUAGCCUUGAAAUACGAAGCAGAUUCAACAUCAACUACAGCGAUUCACUAUUUAAAAGGAAAAAAACAACCAGGGUUGAAACCGAAAGCAAAAGUUAGUCAAUGGCAGAACAACAACAAUGGAAAACGGUCGGGUGGCUUCAGAGGUUGUUUUGCUUGCUGCAGAGAGGGACACCAGCGAAAGGAUUGCCCUUUCAAGAACUACGUUUGCAACAAAUGUAGCGAAAAAGGUCACCUACAAGCCGCUUGCGAUUUCCAGAAGAAUCACUACGUGGCGGAAUCCUCUGGCCCAGAGAGAAGAAACGUCUCCGAAAACGACGAGCAAAUUGCGGUUCAGCAGCACUAUAUUAGUAAGUGUCAAGAAUUUUUCAUCCACAAUAUGACGGAGAACAAAGAAAGUGACAGUUUUAUAGUUAAGGUGAAAAUUUCUGAGCAUGAUUAUAGUAUGGAGUUAGAUUCUGGGGCAGGCGUGAGUGUUAUUUCUCAAAAGUUAUACAAGGAAGAAUUCUCUAGUUAUGCGCUGGAACAGUCGGCUUUGAAACUGAAAUUGUUUUCAGGAUCGUGGUUGAAAGUAGUGGGCGUUUUCCAGCCGAUCAUAGAAUAUAAUGCAAUUCGUAAGAGAGUGCUUAUAGCUGUGGUUGCAGAGGAGGGCCCUCCGUUACUAGGAAAAAACUUCAUGAAAGCUUUUGGAAUUCGUCUGGCCAUCAUCAACAAUGUGGGUAAUAGCACGGUGCUCGAGGAACUUUUAUCCAAGUAUCGUGAACUCUUCAAUGGGGAAUUGGGACGCUACAGACACUGUACGGUUUCUUUGGAAACAGAGGAAAGCGCUAUUCCGGUAUUUAAAAAACCUCGACAGGUACCGUUUAAGUUUCAUAGUCAGAUGAAUACAGAAUUGGAGAAGAUGGAACGUGCGGGUGUAAUCACGAAGUGUGACAGCUCACCAUGGGGAACACCAUUAGUGCCGGUGCUUAAAUCAGAUGGUGGAUUGAGACUUUGCGGUGAUUAUAAGGUAUCGGUCAACCGGUUUGUUAAAGACGUAAAGCAUCCCCUACCCACGGCGGACGAGAUUUUUGCUCGAUUGAACGGGGGACAAAAGUUUUCGAAGUUGGACUUAUCUAAGGCGUAUAACCAGUUCGAGCUUGCAGACGCAUCUAAGGAACUGUGUGCUAUUUCAACCAUCAAAGGAGUAUAUAAAAUGAAUCGUCUGCCAUUCGGCGUUAAGCCGGCAUCGGGAAUCGUACAGCGCGAAAUAGAGAAAUUAUUCUGCGGUAUCCCAGGGGUGCAAAAUCUUCUGGACGAUGUUAUCGUCACGGGCAGUUCGGACGAAGAGCAUAUGGCGCGACUCGAACAGGUGUUCGAGGUUCUCGAGAAGGCAGGACUUAAGCUAAAUAAGGAUAAAUGUCAAUUCUUUAAGGACGAAGUGACGUUUAUAGGUUACGUAAUCAACAGGUUCGGCCUGAAAAAGACGGAUGAGAGAAUCUGCUCCAUUCGCGAUGCGCCUGCUCCGAAAAACGUGACAGAGGUCAGGGCAUUUGCAGGGCUGGUGAAUUACUAUGCCAAAUUCGUCAAAGGCCUGGCGGAUCUGAUGAGUCCAAUUUACAAAUUACUGAAAAAGGGAACAGUUUUUAUUUGGUCUGAAACUUGCAGCGAAGCAUUUCAGAAAAUUAAAGAUGAGAUUUGUCGUGAUGUCACGUUGACACAUUUUGAUCCAAACGCGGAUCUGAUACUGACAUGCGAUGCGUCUAAUGUUGGUGUUUCCGCCGUUCUUAGUCAAAAGGGAAAGGAUGGUAUUGAGCGUCCGGUGGCAUUUGCGUCUCGAAUUCUUCAUGCAUCUGAAAAAAAUUAUAGUGUCAUCGACAGAGAGGCCUUGGCAAUAAUGUACGGAGUGAAUAAAUAUUUCUUGUAUUUGGCUGGGAACAAGUUUUCUAUUCACACAGACCAUAAACCAUUGCUGAGUUUGUUUCACCCUCAGAAAGGUAUUCCAACGAUAGCAGCUAGCCGUAUGCAAAGGUGGGCCCAUUUCCUUUCCAGUUUCAAUUACAGUAUUGGGCAUGUGCGGUCUCAAUCAAAUGUGGCAGAUUUCUCAUCACGUUUUCCUACCGAAUCGUGGAAGCUGUGGAAGGAAGAAGAUUCCUAUUUAAAUUUCAUCAACAAAGAGGAGUGCGGACUGACAUCAGUAUCGGAGUUGAGAUUGAGGACUGUAGAAGAUCCGGAUUUAAGCAUAGUUGUUGACUUUCUUAAAGGUAUAGUGGAUAAAAAUCGAUUCAAGGAAAAUCCUUAUUUCAAGCUUAUUGAUGAGAUAUCAUUGGAGGAUGGCGUGGUGAUGAGAGGGCAUAGAGUUGUUAUUCCGAAAGUCCUCCGGGAAAAUGUGCUUUCGCAAAUCCAUAAAUCACAUUUGGGCAUGGUUAAGAGUAAGAGCAUCGCUAGGGCUAACGUGUGGUGGCCCAGGAUCGAUGAAGACAUCGCGAAUACCGUGAAAAGUUGUUCAGCCUGUGUGAUGCACAGUCAGUCCCCACCAAAAGCGGAAUUGAUUCCGUGGAGUUCACCAAGGAGUGUAUGGAGCAGAAUUCACGUGGACUUUGCGGGUCCAAUCAACGGCUGGAGUUAUUUCAUAGUAGUUGAUGCUCUCUCGAAAUGGGUAGAAGUUUUUCCUACCAAGAGUUGCACCGCCGAGUUCGUUCUGGAUAAAUUGGUGGAGUGCAUUUCGCGUUUUGGCCUGUUUGACGAACUUGUGAGCGAUAAUGGCACUCAGUUUGUAGCCGACUCUGUAAAGCGUUUUCUGGCGGCUAACGGUAUCAAGCAGAUUUUAACAAGUCCUGGUCAUCCGGCAACAAAUGGUGAGGCCGAAAAUAUGGUUAAAACCUUCAAGUCUGCACUGUUGAAAUGUGUGUCUGCGGGAAACAAGGAUGUUCGGAAUGUAUCUCCAGUUGUGGCCAUGCUAGGACGAGAUAUUAAAACUUCUCUAGAUUUGUUUAAACCGAUUCGUCUUACAAGAAAUGAGGUGGAAACAAUAGCAAAGCGAAAUAUUGUGAAAAAUCAAAAGUCACAGAGGACCAACUAUUAUGGAAGCCGAAAUGCUGCAUUCAAUGUUGGAGAUAGUGUCAUAGUACGAGAUUACAGAGAUCCAAAUAAGGUUGCAUGGACCCCAGCGGUUGUUCGGAUAGUCUUAGGUAGACUACCAACACCCCACAAGUCAUCCAGUUAUGGGAGUCGAGCACCAGUUAAAAGGCAGUCCAUACAGAAGUCAUCGGCUACGAACACCACAAAUGUAUCACUUGAGCGUAGGGAAGCCGCAAACCUAUUUAGUGAUUCAGAAUCCAGUGAUGAUGAAUUUCUGGAACUUCCGAUAGCAGAAAGUUCAUCUGGGGGGAUGGUUGGUUCGGAAAAUGUUCUGCAAGACGAGAUAAACGAUCUUUCAAGAAGUUUAAGUCAGGUUAACUUGGGACAUGAUGAGGUUCAAGAUACGCUUAGGCCACAACAAGCGGAUGAGGUUCAAGUAGUUGAGAAAUAUAAAGUGAUCGAUAUUCGUCCAUAA